AUGGUUCGUGCAAAUCAACCAGCAAGACGUUCACGUUUUACACAUCAUAUUCGUCGUCAAUGGUCUGCAAAGAAAAAGCUUAUGAUCAUUCAUUACCUUGAGCAAUCUAAAAGUGUACGUG